AUGUCCACAUUCGAACGGCAGAUUCUGAAAAACAAAGACAAUCUGCUCACUUUCGAGGCGACAAUUUCCGAUAUUCAUGAAAAACUUCCGCAGAGGAAAAAACAAAUCGACGAAAUCAUGAAAUCACUGAACGAAAAACGUCGUGAAGUACUCCAAAAACAGAAUGAAAUUGCGGGUUUUCGAUUGAAUCGAACCGAGAAUUCAAUGAAAUCGAAGUUGGAAAAAACGAAAAAGAAAUUGGAUGAGAUGAAGAAGAAAAAGAUUGUGCAGGAUAAGAAAAUCAGUCGGUUGCGAGCAGAUAUUGCAAAAAGUGAAAAGAGUUUCGAUAAAGUGGAACGAGAGAUUCAUAAGGAGAUACAACGCCAAAUAGAAAACGAGUCGAAAAAAGAGGAAAUCGAGAGGAGAAUCAAGAUAUUUGAAGUGGAGAAUUCUGGAAUUUCAGACGAAUUUCAGAAGUUAUUAGUCAGUCUGAAAGAGGAUACAGAGGGAAGAGGAAAAACAACAGAAAAACGGACAGGAGAGCUGGAAGUUUUGAUAUCAAAAGGAGCGAAAUAUCUGGAAAAAUUGGAUGAAAGAAUCCGAAGUUUGAAAGAAAUGAAGGUGGAAAAGUCUGGAAAUCUGGAAAUUAAAGAAUCUCUGCAAAAGACAGCAGAAGAGUACCAGCGAGAAGCCGAUCGAUCUGCGCAGAAUCUUCGAAAUGCUGAAAAUAUUCGAUUAUCGGAAUUGAACAGACAAGAAAAAAAGCUGCAACCUUCUAUAAUUAUUGAGUCGAAAGAUGAGAAACGGGAGAAAGAAUAUCUGGAGAAAAAAGAGAAAUUGAUUGAAAAAAUCAAUCAACUCGAAAAAUCAACAGAUGAAAAGAAGGAGGAAUUGGAAAGAAUUCGAAGACGUACUGAAUUCCUCAAGAGACAAUUGAAAUCUUACAGUGAGUUGGACUUGGUUCAGUUUGAGAACGAGAAAACUGAAAAAGGAGCAGAAAUCCGCAAUUUGAAGAGAAGAUGGCACGAACAAGUGAUGGCUUUGAAUGCUUUGAAUAAGAAGCUUCAACAAAGAGUUCUUCAACGAGAAGCGGCGAUGACCAAGGCGAAUAGUGUCAUACAUUUGACAACCAAUGUUCGAGACGAAAGAAAUCGAGAGAUUGAAGAACUGCAGAAGGAGAUGGCGAAGACAAGAAUGAAGCUGUGA